AGCGGUCCUCUUCCACCCUGUCUGCAUCCUGGGGGUUGUAGUUCUCAGUGGGAUGUUUCAGCUCGAAUCCAGCUGCUGCUGAACAACAGCUCCCAGAAUGCCGCGGUGGGCUGGAAGCUGUCGUGCUUGUGUUUUGCUUUGGUUUUUUUGUUAUUGUUUCGGGUUACUGGAGGAGCUGAGCCCGARCAGAAUAUCCUUUAGCUCUCUGGGACGUUUUGGUUGCUGUUUUCUUUCGGAGUUUAGAGCCUUAAACCUCCGAAACAUACAAGCCUCGUUUGUAGAAAGUGAGGAGUUUAAAGGUAUGAGAAACCUCAAAGAAGACUAAAAGGAACAAUAUAGCCUGGAUUUUUGUCUUCUGUUGCCAUGGACAAGACUUGGCGAGUGGAGUUUAGGAACGUGGGCCGCACUUACUUCCCUCAGAGCAGAGUGGACUGUCACUACACAAUAAGCUCACUGCACAGCUGGGCCAGCAGUGACUGGAUUGGACUCUUCAAGGUGGGAUGGACAUCAGUGAAGGACUAUGAAACAUUUGUUUGGGCCUUGGCCCCAGCUGACUAUGAGGAGGGCACAGAUGUCAACAGCUGUGUGCAGUUCCAGGCCUCCUACUUGCCCAAGCCCAGCUCCCAAGAAUACGAGUUCAUAUACGUUGACAGUAAAGGGGACGUGUGCUCCCAGAGCUCCAAAUUCACAUUUUGUGCACCAAAGCCUCUUGAAGAUCUGGUGACCCUUGAGGAAGAGUCUCAUGGCGAGGAUGAAGGUACAGACAUGCUGCUGGUAGUACCCAGGGCCGAACUGCUACAGAGCCGGCUGCAGGAAUGUCUGCAGGAGCGCGCCGAGCUGUUGCGCGYGCAGGAAGUGGCAAAAAGGCAAAAGGAGGCGGUGCGAGAAGAGUGCAAGAGGGCAAAGGAGGUGUGGGACAGACAGCGCAGAGGGCUGGAACAUGACAUCACCAGGCUGGAGGAAGAGCUGAUGCAGAGUCAAGGAAAAAUUGAGGAAAUGGAGAGGAAGCAGAAGGCGGAGAGCGAAGCGUCACUGAAAGAGAUGCGGAGUCUGCGGGAGCGUCUCCACAUGAGCGAGCGCACCGCAGAGGGCUUAAAGAGAGAUCUCAGCGCCACAGUGGCUCAGAGGGAUCACGGGCAGGCCCAACUGCACCAGGUUCAGCUCCAGGCUGCCCGGCUCACCGUUCAACUCACAGAUGUCAUCAUGACCCAGAGGAAAGACAGCACCCGCUGGGAGGAGGAAAGGGAAAAUCUGCAGCGCUCUGCUGAGAUGGACCACAAGCGCUUGGAGAAACUCAACACGGAGAUGCAGAGGAUGGAAGAGAAACUGCAGGAGGAGAGGAUGGAGAGAGUGAAACAGGAGGUGGAGCUUGGAAGAGAAAAAGACUGCAAUCGGGUUCAACUGAGUGAAACCCGAAGGGAGCUUCAAGAGCUGAAAUCCAGCCUGAGGGUGACCCAGAAGGAGAAGGAACUGCUACAAGCAGAGAAACGGGAGUUGAUGGAGUACAUCUGUCAGCUGCAGCAGGAGAUGGGAACAGUGACCACUGCCAGGUGGGACGCUGCUCCGAUUGCCUCCACAGGAGGUCCCGAUGCUGCCUUAUCUGACUCUGACGAUGGGAUCUCGGAGGCGUCCCAGACCCUCCAGUCGCCGAGGACUCUGGGACACUACGGCCUGUGCGAGCAGCCCGACUCCUUGCUCCUGUCGACGCCCCCUCCCUCACCGAGGGACAUGGACCGGAGCGCGGUGGUCAUCAACCAGCCGGCCCCGCUCUCCCUGCCACACCAGGCCGCAGCCAACCCUCUGGUACACAGCUCCGAUUCGGAGGAGGAAUUUGAUCCAGUUCAGUGCGAAGGGAAAAGCUCCGGAGAGGAAAUGGCACUUCUGUUGCCAGAGUACAAGGACGCUUGUCUCAGGCACAAACUCCAACAAGAUAUGCCCCGAAUCUUAGAUGCACUGAAGUGAUCAGGCUGGCACUUUGCUACGGUGACGAAAGGACGUCCAGCCAUGGCCUCAACAACAGGAAGGGACUUUGCUGGAGUUUGUUUCCCGUUCUGUCGGACUAAUAAGCACAUAAACAAGAUGUUAAUAUGCAAUUACUUUAUAUCUGCUGCCAGCCUCCUUUUUUUCUUUUUUAAAAUGUGUCACCUUGAUUGUUCUGACAGCGUUGGCAGGUCAUGUUUAUGACUUCCAUAAGACUGUUGCUCAGUUUGUAGUGGCACGUUUUUAGGCAUGGACUCCGGUGUGUUUUUUAAUCCGCACGCUGCAGCAGAAUGCUUUUUUGUUGAAUCAUUGCUUUGUCGAGAGCUUUACGACGGACGCAGUGUCAUUUUUAUGGCAGCUGUGAUUAGGAGUCACGACAGGCGUUGUAAUUAUGAUGUUUUGUUCAGGCCUGGCUCCACGGAAAAUUGUAGCAAAACUCCAAAUCCAGCAUUAAAUCCUCACUUUUCAUGGCAGCAUAAAGAAACACAAAAUCUAGUCAUGCAAAAAAAACAAUAUUCCAUUAAAGCAGGUCUACGGCAUCCUAUUUCUUCUCUACUUACGCAAAACUAAAAUUUGAUGAGCACUUUCUUGUUUACAACAACACUUGAUUGUUGUCAUGCAGAUGCAGUUAAAGGGGAUUUAGUGAACUUUCCUUUGAAAUAUUAAGCUUUUUGAGCUAAUUAAUAUCAAUUAAGACAGUUGUCACAUGCAUCAGUAGCUGCAUAUCAUUAUACAGCUGAUGCUUCUAAGCUUUUCUAGAUCAGCUACAGUUGUUGUUUAACGAACCAAGAUGUUGCUUUUCAUAACUGCUCAAAUUACCUUAAUGUUCAUUUGCAUAUUUAGCUUCAGACUUUAUUAGUUAAUUAUAUACAAAAAAUUUAAAUCACACAUAUGCAGUUUCAAAUUUGUGCCUAAAAUUGUAAACUAUGAGUUAAAAAAAAUUAUAUUUAAAUAUCCUGACACAGCUUUUAGGUGUUUGUUUUUGCCUCCUGGAGCUAUAUUGCCCUAUAAAAACUUGUUGCUUACCUUUAAAUCAAUACUGUAUGCAUUUUUCAUGGUUUUCUAUUUAUAAUUAACUUGAGUUAUGCUGCGAAUAAACUAUAUUCAGGUUUAGUUUCAGUUUGUGCAAUGUAGCGUACUAAAUUUUCCAUCCGCGGUGAAGAUGAUUAGCUAUAAACACCUUGAUGCUCAGUUUUUCCUUGCUGUUUUUUUGCACCCUGUUUUUACUAUAGAAGAGGUUUUUUUUUUAGAUAAAACCCUGAUACUCGGUUGUGUGAUUUCCUAAUUUUUCUAACUAUAAAAUUGUGUUGUAUGGAGUCACUUUUCAUGUAUGUUUUUAUGGAUGUGUAUGCUCUCUGCUUUUUAAUUCUCCAAUGAAUAUUUCUUACUUUUAAUAUUUGGGAAUAAUUGUCACAAAUUAUUGGUGCUAAGGCAAAGGAAUUGAUACCAGCUGAUUUAAUCAGAUUAAAAAAUAUACAAAAGAUUUUAAAAUCAUAUGAGUUAAUAUUUCCAUACUCUGUUUUUUUUUUAUUGUUGAACCUCCAUAUUUUAUGGAUACAUAGGAGAGUUGAAGAUGUAAAGGUGCAUGUCUUUUUCAAACAAACAGACACUAAAUAUAUUUUGCAAAGUCCUUAAUUGUAUUUGUGCUGAAACUUUAUCCUUCAAAAAGUUGUAAAGAUCUUUUGAAGUAAGGUUCUAUUGAAAGAUAAAGAGCGAUAAUAUCUUACUCGUUGUAGGUAACUUUUUGAACAACCUCGGUUUGGAGAAAUAGUUUAGUUCUGACAAGUUUGAAGAGCUAAUAGCUAGUCUGAAUGAGAAAAAACAGAUAUUACCAUCACUCACACUAAUCACUAGCUCAUCAAGCUGGUCAGAAAUAAACUAUCAAUGGGUGGCUGGUGAUGAUAUUUGCAGGGUGGGCUAACAGAUCUAUGUAGAUAUAUAAUAAAAUGCUGCAGAUUGGCUCCCAACAACGGAAACAUCAAAUUGUUUCCAAACAGCAAAUUUGGAAAACAGAAAAGAGAUUUGUUAGUUGUACUUGCCGUUAACCAGUCCUUUCGCUGAAACCAGGUCACAGAAAUAUUUUGGCUUUGCCGCAUUUGUUUUUCCUGGAUUUGAAUAUACUUUGGUCUAUCUACCCCUGACAUCUUCACUUCCAGUUUUUCCUCCAAAGAAAUGAAGGAAAAUGGGUGAGAAAUUAAAUAUUCUGCCUUGUUUAUGUUACUAUUGCUCGCCAAUGUACCUACUCAGUCUACUCCAAACCACACACACACACUCGUGCUCGAGGCACGUUACUGUACGUCCACCCUCAAUGGCUAAAACCUGUGCCCUUGUGCUAAACAAAAUUAGCCCCAAUCAGCAGAAAACUGAGGGGGCAUGACUAGACAUCUGUCAAUCAUUCUGUCUGRAAACUUAGCCCUUUAGAAAGACUCUAGAAUUUUCUCCAGACUGUUGUAAAUUUCACAAAAUGURAUACAUGUUUGUGGUUGCAAACACCAGGAAGGGCAAGAAGGGGAUAAAAAGUYGACAGUGCGAACCAAAUGACGCAAUUUUCGCCAUGAAACUGCGACACUCUGAUCCGAUUGAGGCAGUUCRGCUGGAKCAUAYUUAAGUCCUACUAGCCCACUUAUACCAGUUGUCCCUGCUCUGAAGUAAAAGUUUUUAAAUUCUUUGUACAAAGAAAAAAACAAGAACAUUCCACGAAGUUGAUUCCAACCYUGAUCCAAAAAUUCCGUCUCACAAAAUUACUCAAAUAAAAAUCAUAGCUGCAUUAUUUUUUUUUCGAUCACACGCACCGUACUGUCCAACCAUUAUUAAUUAUGUCGCUUCAAUGUUUGACAGCAACAAAACUCACGUGCGACUUCACUUCCAGACCCAUGUUCCAACUUGAAAGACAACAUACGGUAGAACCAGUCAUUCAAACAGCUAUCCACAACAGGUUGAACAUUAUUUGUUCAUAGCCUUUUCACAGAACCCCACUUCAAAACAUCGAAUAAGUCAGUCUUUAUUUGUUAGUUUGUUUCAGUCCACUGAAAGCUCCCUGUCACGCAGCAGCGGAGCUCCAGUUAGGAUUUAUUUGUGUAGUUUUGUGUGUGUGAAGGUCAUCCCACAUGUUUUCCUUUUAGUCAUGUAACAGAGAUUUGGGUAUGGCUCAGUUUAAUAAAAGUAUUCAUCAAUACGG